CAUUUAGAAUUACACAAGUUGGCCAGUUCCCGGUCUUCACUCUUGUCGUUUUCGUUUUCAGGCCCAAACGGAAAUCCAAAAUCUGUCCGAGACCUCCAGAGAUCUAGAGGAGAAGAAGAGGAGACUGACCUGCAUGCAGUCCGUCUACGUGAAGGAGCUUUCCCUUUUGUCCGGCUCGUCGGGCUCGCUGAUCAGAAACAAGCUGCAGGACAUCUGCGAGAAGCAGAAGGUGAAAGAAAAGAAGGCCGAGUGGAACCCCUUCUUCUCCAACCUCCUGGAGUCCAAAGCGGCGCUCGUGCAAUCCACCAUCUUGUAUUCGAAGCCGCCGCCGCCGGCCAAGCCGCUGCUGGAGCCGGACUUCUUCAGGACUCUGCUGCAGAACAAGAAGCCGCAGCUGCACGCCGUGAAGAACAAGCUGGCGUCGCUGCUGGAGUCCAACCUCAAAAGGGCUCUCACCCAACCCGGCGAGCCGCCGCCCAAGUCGGCGCCGCCGGGCGCCGCCGCCAAGUCCGCCGCGCCAGGGCCGGCCCGGCCGGCCUCGUCGCGCCGCCGGCCGUCGGACACGCCGCCGCAGUCCUUUUCUCUUCCUCUGAUUCGCUCCAAAACCGGCCGACUCAUCCUGCCCUCGUCUCUGAAACCGCUGGGUCACGGCUUCUACACUCUCAUGGUGAUGGAGCCGCGGAAAGCAGAGGAGGAUAAAGUCGUCUCUCACGUGAAGCCAGGUGACGUCGGGGAGUCGUCGGGGAAACAACCGGAGAGUUCUUCUGAACCCGACCGACGUUUGGAUUCGGGAAGCGAUCGUAUUUCAGAAGGCGAUAAAACCGUCCAAGCGUCAAACUUCAUCCCGAAGCCUCCGGGCGCGGCGGCCCCCGCGUCGGAGCCGCCGCCCCUCUUUAACAACGCCGUCUUCAUGCCGGCGGCGGCGGCAGCUCUGCAGGUCGCGGAGAGCAGCCUGCGGGGAUCGAACGGCGCUCCGACCGCCUGCCUGAGUUUCAAACCCGCGAAAGACGUUCCCGCUCCCGCCACCGAGCCGGAGUCCAGCCCCCCCCCCCUGCUCAACCGCUGCAGAGGCCGGCCCCGGAAGACCCCCACUCACCCCGAGGAAAACCCCGCGGCGGAAAACGACGGCGACGACAAAAGUAAAACGUCUCUCCUGGAUAAAGACGGGCCGAAUAAAAAACCGAGACCGGAGGGGACCGCGACGUUCGGCUUGUGGGGAAAGCUGAAGCCGGGCAAACGGCGCCCGGGACGGCCCCCGAAGAGCAAGACGAAGAAGCCGGCGCAGAUGUGGAUUCCUAAAGCCGGGCAGGCGCCGAGCGCCCCGCGGGCCUUCGAGGGCGACGGCUCCGUUCCCAACGGCUUUAGAAGCCCUCAUUCCAAACCCAGAGCGUCUCGGCCGUUAACGCGAGCCGCUCUGGGGAAAGACUUCCCCAGCGCCAAGAGGCGCUCCUGGAUCGACGUGGAGAAGGAACUGGAACCGGAGAUCCCGUCUGAGUCCUCGUCCGAUUCUGAGUCUGAAUAGUCCUCGUCUGAAUCGGGAGUCUUUUCUCAAAACUCAGUGGACAUUUUUUUUUUAUACUAGAGAAAUAAGUGGUUUUUUUGGUACAAAGAAUAUAAGAUAAAAGCAUUAACUGACCUGUUGAAUGUAUGAACGAAGAAAAAUGACCGACAACUCCCACAUUCAUCUUUUCUACGACGUAUUUUUUUGUCGCCGACUCUCUCGGUCACUUUUUCCGUCAAACGGCACAUUUGAGAUUUAUUCAAAUCAUGAUUUUUUUUUUGUUGGAAGUCAUUUUUGUUAUUGAUCCCUAUGCAAUGAAAUAGAAAUCAAGCGGCAGCAGGCGCGAUAUUCCGAGACGCGCGACGCCUUUUUCGGGCGGCUGUUUCAUGAACUCCAUCGAACCUCCAUGUUAACUUAUGUCUUUUCCAUUUUUAGUGAGAGCUAGUUUGAGGCACGCGUCCCUUUUUCCCGAAAGUGAUUGUUUUUUCCCAUAUUUACUCUGAAAAUCAAAUGUAGUUGCACUUUAUGUUCUUUUUGGUAGAAACCACCCAUGAUUCUUGUCUAGUAGCGGUCUGUUUUCUGGGGAGUUCGCUCCGUAAUAUGCACAUAAACCUGAUGUGUCGCAAGCAAUCAAGAAAGGGGGAAAAAAAAGCUUUUUGUCAUAAUAUUGUAUCUGAAAAUAACCUCUGUAAAUAGUAUAUUUCUUCUCUUUUUUUUAAUCGCAAUACUUUGUGGGUGAUUUUUUUUGAAACACUGGUUUUCCUGAUACUUCAGUUCCUUUGGAAAUGUGAAAAAUAAUGUGGCCUUUAAAAUCAAUAAAAACGACAUGCAUUUAUA